CCCAAACACACCCACCCAGAGCAAACCCCCCGCAAAUCGGAUUGAACAGAGCCGAGAGCCGGGCACCAGAGGAGUUUUCCAGGCACCGUGACGUGCCUAUUCUCCCCGAUACACUCCCAGCUCCUGCCUGGGGGAACCAAGCGAGACAUCAACCAUUUCCAAGUGCGGAUUGUAGGGGAAUCUGCUGCUGCUACUUCUCGGCUGUCACCAGCUUGGGCAGGAGGUCUGUUCGCUCUUACCGUUCCUCCUUCCCUCUCACCCUCCAGUCUGGCGCUGGGUUUGUGAAGCCACAUCUAACCUUUCGGUGUUUUCAAUGAGCGUCUCAGAGGAGAGGAGAGGAGACACGUGUACGGAGCAGUUGUAGGUGCAGAGGCGAAGGUUGAACAAUGGGGAGUAGUAAGAGCAAGCUGAAAGAUCCAUCUCUGAAGCCAAAGGCUGGAGACAACAGCAUUUCCUCCAGCACACAGAAUCUACGUUAUGUACCUGAUCCAACACAAGAAUCCCAGUCGACACCUGCAAAAGCUUCAGGCCUGGAUAAGAAUAGCUCCAAUGUUACACCGUUUGGCGGAACUACAGAAUCAACACUAUUUGGGGGGGUCAUUUCGUCAAAUGCAUCUUCACCAUCACAACGAGCAGGCCAACUGGCAGGUGGAGUCACCACAUUUGUGGCACUGUAUGAUUACGAGUCCAGGACAGCGAGUGAUCUGUCCUUUAAUAAAGGGGAACGAUUACAGAUUGUUAAUAACACGGAAGGAGAUUGGUGGUUAGCCCGUUCCCUCGCUACAGGAAAUACUGGAUAUAUUCCCAGCAAUUAUGUUGCACCUUCUGACUCCAUUCAGGCUGAAGAGUGGUACUUUGGGAAGAUUACUCGAAGAGAAUCGGAGCGAAUGUUACUAAGUCCUGAAAAUCCUCGUGGUACCUUUUUGGUCAGGGAGAGUGAGACCACAAAAGGUGCUUAUUGCCUCUCUGUGUCUGACUAUGACAAUGCGAAAGGACUGAAUGUGAAGCACUACAAGAUUCGUAAACUGGAUAAAGGUGGCUUCUACAUUACUUCACGAACACAGUUUGAAAACCUGCAGCAGCUGGUGCUCCACUAUUCAAAGCACGCUGAUGGCUUGUGUCAUCGGUUGACAACUGUUUGCCCAACUGUGAGACCACAGACCCAGGGAUUAGCUAAAGAUGCUUGGGAGAUCCCACGGGAAUCCUUGAGAUUGGAAGUGAAGCUCGGACAGGGUUGCUUUGGAGAAGUUUGGAUGGGAACUUGGAAUGGAACAACAAAAGUAGCAAUCAAGACUUUAAAACCCGGUACAAUGUCUCCAGAGGCUUUUCUGCAGGAGGCUCAGAUCAUGAAAAAGCUACGGCAUGACAAACUGGUACAGUUGUAUGCAGUCGUCUCUGAAGAACCAAUCUACAUUGUAACGGAGUACAUGAGCAAAGGAAGUUUAUUGGAUUUCCUUAAAGGUGAGAUGGGAAAGUACUUGAGGCUUCCACAGCUGGUUGAUAUGGCUGCUCAGAUUGCAGCUGGUAUGGCGUAUGUGGAAAGAAUGAAUUAUGUUCAUAGAGAUUUACGAGCGGCUAACAUUCUUGUGGGCGAAAGCCUCGUGUGUAAGGUUGCUGACUUUGGCUUGGCUCGAUUGAUUGAAGACAAUGAAUACACAGCCCGACAAGGUGCCAAAUUCCCAAUCAAAUGGACAGCUCCUGAAGCUGCACUGUAUGGGCGUUUUACCAUAAAAUCAGAUGUAUGGUCAUUUGGAAUUCUAAUGACUGAACUAGCUACAAAGGGAAGAGUGCCAUAUCCAGGAAUGGUAAAUCGGGAGGUAUUGGAUCAGGUGGAACGGGGGUAUCGAAUGCCAUGCCCGCCCGAAUGUCCUGACUCUCUUCAUGAUCUCAUGAUUCAGUGUUGGAAGAAGGAGCCAGAAGAGAGACCAACCUUUGAGUAUUUACAGUCCUUCCUAGAAGAUUAUUUUACUUCCACGGAACCUCAGUAUCAGCCUGGAGAAAAUCUAUAGGCCCAGCUAAUACUUGCAACACCAUGGACAUUGUGCAGCUGUAGAAUGCAGAAAUUCACAAAGUCUAGCUGCACACAGCCCUUAAAUCUGCUUAGUAACUGGAAUUCCUGUACACUGUGCACUAACUCAUUUCUGCAUAUUGUUCCACACAUUGUAUAGAUAAUGUUGUUGAUGAGGCACUCUAGAUAUUUAAUUUCCAUUUCACCACUUUUUGGUUCAUAAGAUUCUGACUAAAGAGGUAAUGAAAUGUUUCCUGGUGCAAGCAAAGCAAAGCCACGACAGCAAACAAGGAAUUCUGUCUCCAUAGUUAAGCUUCAAUUAUGUCUAGAGUUUAUUGACUGUCCUUUCUAUCCUUCAACAGCAAAAACAAAUCAAGAUUGAUGCAAAUCUGUCUUUCCAGAAGUUAAUUAUUUUUUAAAUUCAGCUUGUACCUUGAGAAAAACAAUAACCUUACCUAGGAUUAACAUAAACCAGAAUUAUCUCUUGUGCAUGUGGUGCUCGGUCAGUUCAUCUAGAUUCAAAUAAGACAUAUUUAUCUUCAAUUUACAUCACUGGAAAUUGCAACUGCAUUAGGAUAUUUUGCACAUUUCCUUUUCUUUAAAUAGUGGUACAACUUGCCAUUGUUACCAUCCAAUAUUAUUUAUAUUUUAAUCCAUUUUAUAUAAAUUGAGGAAAAUUAGUUCUGAUCGAAAUGGUGGUAAAAUUGGAGCUAUUUCAGUGUUUUGUGUCUCCCCUGGUGUGUAUAUAAUGAUAUUGUUGGAUGAGAGGAACUGAAACACUAGUUAAGUUGCCAUCACUUCUGACUAGAUAUAGCAAUAAUGUGAACAUGCAAGAGAAAAGCAUUGUGUUUUUUUAAGGAAAAAACACAUAGAUUGGUUAGGUUGCUGAGAUUGUAAUACUCCUGUAGGUUAAUAACAAGUGGAUUUUGUAGCUGUAAGACAUGCACCACUGUUUAAUUUCUGUAGUUUUAUACUAAUGCAGCCAAUUGUAUUUAGUUGUCCUCAGGACUUCCCUCUGGUGGUCAUCCUGAAUAUGAAAAACAAUUCUGUUUCCCAGACAGAAUUACUGAGAUGACAUGGAUGUACAUUACUGAUACAUAAUUGAUCUCACUACAACAUGUGACAUUUACAAAGUGUUGUACUUGGUUUACAACUGAACAAUCCAGCUUCCAACAAUUAGUUUACUUUUCAAAAGUGAAGUUUUUGAAAUCUUUGUACUUUGGAAUUAUGUUGUAAAUAUUCAAGUAUGCAGAAUACAGAAGUAUACAAGUGUACAGAUGUAUACAAGUAUACAGAAAUUCCACUGUCUGUACCACAUACAUACAAUUCAAUGUUAACCAUUUUAUUUUAAACUGGUUAAUACUGUUACAAUGGUAAAAUAAUUUCAUAUAAAUUUAUUAAUUAGUCUGCACUAAUAUUUACAGUCUGGAAUUUCAAGGUCUUUUACAUUUUAAUGUGUUAUGUUUCUACAAGCUCUGUGUUGCACACAGUAGUAGAGUUGUUUAUUAGGUUUUACCCCUAUAUUCUGUAGAAUGUUCUAUCACAUGCUUCAUGACAUGGUUAUGAUUGGCUUUUAAGCCCAUAUAACAUAGGAGCAGAAUUUAAGCCAUUUGGCCCAUCAAGUCUGCUCUGCCAUUCAAUCAUGGCUGAUAAGUUCCUCAACCCCAUUCUCUCGCUUUCUCCCCAUAACCCUUGAUCCCCUUGAUCAUCAAGAACCUAUCUAUCUCAGUCUUAAAUGUACUCAAUGACCUGGCCUCCACAGCCUUCUGUGGCAAUGAAUUUCAUAGAUUCACCACUCUCUGGCUGAAGAAGUUUCUCCCUAUCUCCGUUCUAAAAGGUCUUCCCUUUACUCUAAGGCUGUGGCCUCGAGUCUGAGUCUUUCCUACCAAUGGAAGCAUCUUCCCAACAUCCACUCUGUCCAGGCCAUUCAGUAUUCUGUAUGUUUCAAUUAGAUCCUCCCUCCUCCUUCUAAACUCCAAUGUGUAUAGUCCCACAGUCCUCAAACGUUCCUCAUAUGUUAAGCUUUCCAUUCUUGGGACGAUUCUCGUGAAUCUCCUCUGAAACUACUCCAGGGCCAGUACAUCCUUCCUGAGUAUUGUGUGCAGUUAACACAAUACUCCAAAUGUGGCUUGAUCAGAGCCUUAUAAAGCCUCAGGAGUACAUCCCUGCUUUUAUAUUAAAGUCCUCUCAAAAUAAAUGCCAACAUUGCAUUUGCCUUCCUGACUACUGACUCAACCUGCAAGUUUACCUUGAGAGAAUCCUGGACUAGAACUCCCAAGUUUCUGCACUUCAGACUUCUGAAUUUUCUCCCCAUUUAGAAAACAGUCCAUGCUUUUAUUCUUCUUACGAAAGUGCAUGACCUCACACUUUCCCAGGCUGUACUCUAUCUCCCACUUCUUUGCCCACUCUCCUAACCUGUCCAAAUCCUUCUGCAGCCUCCCUGCCUCCUCAAUACUACCUGUCCCUCCACCUAUCUUUGUAUUGUCUGCAAGCUUAGCCAGAAUGUCCACAGUUCCUUCAUCUAGAUCAUUAAUGUAGAAAGUGAAAAGUUGUGGUCCCAGCACUGACCCUUGCAGAACACCACUAGUCACCGGCUGCCACCCUGAGAAAGGCCCUUUUAUCCCCACUCUCUGCUUUCUGCCAGACAGCCAAUCUUCUAUCCAUGCUAGCACUUUGCCUCUAACACCAUGGGCCCUUAUCUUACUCAGCAGCCUCCUGUGCGGCACCUUGUCAAAGGCCUUCUUGAAGUCCAGGUAGAUAACAUCCAUUGGCUCUCCUUGGUCUACCCUGCUCAUUACUUCCUCAAAGAAUUCCAGCAGAUUUGUGAUUUAUUUGUGAUUUUGAGCAUCCUGGAUGAACAAUGACAAUUUGCUUUCAUGGUUCUCUACUCACUGCUAUUAAAAAAAGAGGCGCAGCAAAAUGCAGGGACUAUAAGCCACUGAUUGUUAUGCCUUUGACUGCAUUAUAAGUACAACAAAAUUUUAUAAUGCAAUUAUGUAGAAGAGAUCAACUUUAUUGAUUUCUCUUUAAGAAAUCUCCUUUAACUCAUGUGGUACUUGCUGUAUUGUGGCUUUUAUAGUAACAUCUUCAUAGUUUUAUUACUAUUGGGUACUAUGAUAAUCUAGAAAAAUAUACGAGAUCCCAGAGCUUCCCAGUAAAAUACACACCAUUUUUCACAAUGCAAACUAUUUAUUCCUUUUUUCUUUAUUUGCAUUAUUUCCUGAAUUCUCCAUUUAACUCCUGUGAAGAAUAGUGUUGAAGUCGACCCCCCCCACCAGUAAUUUUUGUUUACUAUUGAUCAGUUUGUAGAUUAGUAUCGACACAUUGCUGACAUAAACAGCUGUUGCCUUAAACAUUGAAAACAUUGACUUUGACUGCAGGUUGGGGAGUACAGGCUACAACCAGGUCAGGAGGGUGGAUUGGCUCCCUUCUUUUGAUCACCUCAAUUGCCAGUAACAAAUAUUUAUUGUUCUGUUUAGUACAAAGCUAUAUUUAACUGUAAUAAAAAUGUAGUUUUGUUUUAGCAGUAUGGAGCCAAAUACAGGGUUUUUACUUGAUUGAAAGGAAGAGCAAUGUUAUUAACUGCUGAAUAUGAAAAAGUAAUAAAAUGCAGUGUUAAGUAUGGAUUUAUGUAGGUAGAAUGAUAAACGUAGAUAUGACCCAGUACUAAAGGAAGAUGGAAAGCACAAAUAGUUUAAAGUCAUUAGGGUGUCCUUGAAAUGUAAAGACUUUAACCUGAGACUGUGGUUGUUUAAUUGAUGUCUUUCAUCUUUGAUGGUGAUAGAUUUUGUAGAUCAUUUUAAGUUCUUGUUGUUCAGCUGUUUCUCUCCAGUUUGUGUUGUCACUGGACACUUUGUCCGUCAAGAAGCCAAGAGAGUGAUUUUCCUAAAGGUGGUUCCAUCACAAAUCCAUCCCCCUAGCCCACCCCCAAAAACAGUUCCUUGAAAUACAACCUUGUUUUUGGGUAAUUUCAUCUUCAGAAGUUAUGUUUCUUUUGGCUUGCUAAUCAUUGCCAAGGUUCCAUUCCCAAUUUGUGAAAAUCUGUAUGUAGGGGUAAAUUAGAAAUCGGACAUGAGGGUUUCUUCACACAUGACUGAGUUUCAGUGCCUUCUAACAAAAUGUUUAUGGGAUGGUCUUUAUUUAUUUUAAACUUUGUUUCCUGACUUGGCCAGCCUGUGAUCAGCUGACUUCUGUGGCCAUUUCAAAUUUAUGUUCUUACUUUUUUUAAAACCAUUCAGUCAACAAAAGUCCCAGGUAUUGAAAUCAUCUGAUGGCAUUCAGAAGUCAUAUUUUAUCACUCUCAUUGCAAAGCUUUGCCGUUAACUGUUUAGAUGAGUGCAGUAUUCAAUUACUCAUGGUUUGAAGCACACGGAGACUUGGCUGAAAUGAAAGGCUGAUAAGGGAUUGUCCUUGAUGAAGCUGAAGAUCCCAAACCUCUUUACACCUGUCAUCGUAUUCACCCAUUUCAACGGAACAAUCUUGCUUAUUUAAACAUUGAAAGUGAACAUUAGCUUACACGCUUUAAUAUGAGUUUAGGUUUGAACUACAUGCAACCACUUAAAUGAAUAAUGCAUUGCCAAGGCCCUUAUUUCAUUUUCUGACUGUGAGCGAACAGUAAUCACUACAUGUGUUUACAUCUGGAAGGGCAAGAAAUUGUGAAACUGAAAAUGCUUGUUAAUAUUUCCCUGUGAAUUCCUAAUGAGUGUGAAUAAUCAUUUUGUGCAAACUCAAUUUGUUAUUUAACAGCAUCUAACUGUAUUUGGCAAUGCCUCCUACAAGGAAUCGCAGGCAUCUCUUUUGUCCUUCCUUUACUGUGAGUGCAACACUGUGUACUAAAUCUUGAGUAGGUGUACAUUAAGGGUGUGAGGAGAAGGAAUAACAAAGUCUGUAAUGAUUUGGCUGGAACGUUCUUCCUAUGAACUGGGGGAGAAUUCCAAACUUGUGGGCAAAUUAUUAUAAGGACACUGCAGUCAAACAGGGGCAUCAGUUCAGUCAGUCCUUUGUAUAUACUAUACAGUAUUAAAGAUUUUAGGUGGAUAACAUACUGUUCAAGAUUUGAAUUUUGGGCUGGAUAAACCAACAAAACAUGCGCUGAAGUGACAAUUUUAAUAAUUCCUUUCCUUUAAAUCUCUGGUUUUCUAUUGCCUAUAUAUAUUGAAAAGCCAUUUUUUUUUUCCAUUUAAAAAAGAAUGAUUCGUGUAUGUAAUGCUUUGGUUACUGUGGUACUUUUGACAUGGUGUAUACAUUCCCACAGCCUAAGCAGAGAAUAUAUUUAUUUCUAGCUCUGCUUUUGUUUUGUUCUUAUUUUUUUACAAAAAAACUUUGCAUUUUGAAAACCUUAAUAAAACUCACCUUUGUAUGUAGUUGCACACAUUUCUGCUGUGUAUAAAUUUCAUGUUCAGAAUGGAGUCUUUUUUGUAAUUUUGGGAAGGGUGGGGAGGAAAUUCAUUUUGCAAGUCCAUGUUCCUUUUAUUGUGCAAUUAAACAAACAUGAUUAAA